CGCGGACUCGGACUGGCGAUGGCCGAAGCUCUCAUGGAAGCCGGCGCAAAGGUGCACUGCCUCGACCGCCUGGAGAACCCGCACCCGGACUUCCUGGCGGCGCAAGACCACGCGGCGAGCACCUACGGCGGCGCGCUGCACUACCACCGGGUGGACGUGCGGGACGCCGAGGAAGUGAACGCGCUCUUCGCGACGAUCGCGGCGCAGGACCAGCGGCUGGACGGGCUGUUGGCCGCCGCGGGGAUCAACCACCUGCAGGCGGCGCUGGAGCACUCCCCGGCGGCGCUGCAGGAGGUCAUGUCCAUCAACUACAACGGGGUGUUCCACGCGGCGACGGCGGCGGCGCGCCAGAUGUUCGCCUACCAGCAGAAGGGCUCGAUCCUGCUGGUGGCCAGCAUGAGCGGCCUGAUCGCCAACAAGGGCAUGACCUCGCCCGUGUACAACUCCUCCAAGGCCGCCGUCAUCCAGCUGGCCCGCUCCCUCGCCAUGGAGUGGGGCCGCCACGGCGUCCGCGUCAACAGCCUCUGCCCCGGCCACAUCCUCACCCCGAUGGUCGAGCAGGUCUUCCACCAGAACCCCGCCGCCCGCGCCGUCUGGGAGGCCGAGAAUAUGCUCGGCCGCCUGGCCACCCCCGAGGAGUUCCGCGGCGCCGCGCUGUUCGCGUUGAGUGAUGCUAGUAGCUUUAUGACGGGGAGCACGUUGGUCAUCGAUGGGGGCCAUACGGCUUGGUAGAUUAGUCUUUCUUUUCGAAGCGCUGGGAAGAUACAUACGCGCGUGAUACAUACAUCGAUUAGGACGAUGGAAGAUGGAAGGGAGGAGUGGGGAUACCCUCUAUACUUAAUGCUUGUUGAUUAUGGAAGUGCUCUUCAAGGAGGAUGAGGUUCGCUCUGCGUAGGAGAAAAAAGGAGGGGAAUGCGGGACAUAAUCAUGUCGCUUCUUACGCUGUUCUGUCGGUCUCAUACUGGACUUUGUCGUGCGGGCUUGUUUCUGGAUGGCUGUAUUUUUGCUUUCACUGGAGCGUUAUUGCUUAAUAUAGCUGGGCCAUUUGGCACCCGAGUUUUACUAGCAGAUAUCCUUUCUCGCUUACUUCAAUUAAG